AUGGUUAACGCUGCACAAUGCAUAACCGUGCUGGGGGCAAUGCUGCCCAGUCUAGCACUGGCGCAGGACAACCAGACCUAUGUGAAUUAUUCCUCUCAAGCUCAGCCAGACCUCUUUCCGGAAACUUUGGCAACUUUUAACUUGUCUUUUCCCGACUGUGAUAAUGGGCCACUCAAGAACAAGUUAGUUUGCAGCUCAUCAGCGGACUAUGUCGAACGUGCAGAAGCUCUCGUUUCACUCUUUACCCUCGAAGAGUUGAUUAACAACACACAAAACAGCGGCCCGGGAGUUCCUCGACUUGGUUUACCUCCGUAUCAGGUUUGGAGCGAAGCUUUGCAUGGACUUGACCGGGCAAACGUUGCAACGUCGGGGGACAAAUGGACAUGGGCAACCUCCUUUCCAAUGCCCAUUUUGUCUACGGCAGCUCUCAACCGCACCCUGAUCAACCAAAUUGCAAGCAUCAUUGCAACUCAAGCCCGUGCCUUCAGCAAUGUUGGUCGCUACGGACUUGAUGGUUAUGCUCCGAAUAUAAAUGGCUUUAGGACCCCGCUUUGGGGCCGUGGUCAAGAGACUCCAGGCGAAGAUGCGGGUUUUCUUUCGGCCUCGUAUGCAUACGAAUAUAUUACAGGUCUUCAAGGCGGUGUUGAUCCGGACCAUCUCAAAAUUGCCGCGACAGCUAAGCAUUUUGCAGGAUACGACCUAGAGAGUUGGGGCGGCAAUUCUCGGCUAGGAUUUGACGCCAUCAUCACCCAACAGGAUUUGUCUGAAUACUAUACGCCUCAGUUUCUGGCCGCAUCAAGAUAUGCCAAAGCACGCAGCGUUAUGUGCUCUUACAAUUCCGUCAACGGAGUUCCUAGUUGCUCUAAUAGUUUCUUCCUUCAGACUCUGUUGCGAGAUAGUUGGGAUUUCACGGAGUAUGGCUACGUCUCCUCCGAUUGUGACGCUGUCUACAACGUCUUCAAUCCUCACGGCUAUGCCAGCAAUGAAUCUGCUGCUGCUGCAGAUGCACUCAGAGCGGGUACCGACAUAGACUGCGGACAAACUUUCCCGUGGUACUUGAAUGAGUCCUUUAUUGAAGGGUCAAUUACCAGGGGAGAAGUGGAGCGUUCUCUGGUCCGUUUCUACUCCAAUCUCGUCAAGCUCGGGUAUUUCGACGGUAACCAGAGCGAAUAUCGUCAUCUAGAGUGGGAUGAUGUUGUGACCACAGACGCGUGGAACAUUUCCUAUGAGGCAGCAGUGGAGGGCAUUGUCCUGCUCAAAAACGAAAAAAAUUUCCUACCACUGUCCAAGAAUACUAGGAGCAUUGCCCUCAUUGGGCCCUGGGCAAAUGCUACUACUCAGCUUCAAGGAAAUUAUUACGGUACACCUCCUUACUUGAUCAGUCCCUUGCAGGCCGCCAUCGAUGCCGAUUAUGUUGUCAAUUACGCCUUGGGAACAAAUAUUUCAGAUACAUCAACGGCCGGCUUUGCUGAUGCACUUGCUGCAGCCAAAAGGUCAGAUGUUGUCAUUUACCUCGGGGGAAUUGACAACACUAUAGAAGCUGAAGGCCUGGACCGUAUGAAUAUUACCUGGCCAGGUAACCAACUCGAGCUUAUAAGGCAACUCGGCGAGUCGGGAAAGCCCUUGGUUGUGCUUCAGAUGGGAGGUGGGCAAGUUGACUCAUCCUCGCUCAAGAAGAACUCCAAAGUAGACGCUCUCCUUUGGGGUGGAUAUCCCGGCCAGUCUGGUGGUCGGGCAAUUUUUGAUAUCUUGUCCGGAAAACGUGCGCCAGCGGGUCGUCUCGUAUCAACACAAUAUCCAGCUGAAUAUGCAACUCAGUUCCCAGCCACAGACAUGAAUCUCCGGCCAAAUGGUGCAUCCAAUCCUGGCCAGACAUACAUAUGGUAUACGGGCCAGCCUGUCUAUGAAUUUGGUUACGGUUUAUUCUAUACAAAGUUCGAGGAGACUGUGCAUAGGUCUUUAUUAUCUUCAUCCUUUGACAUCUCAGAUAUUUUCACUGCUCCUCGUCCAGCAGGCUACGAACACGGCGAGCUCGUUCCAUUUCUCAAUUUCACCGCGACAAUCAAGAAUACCGGACACACUGCAUCGCCAUAUUCCGCUAUGCUCUUUGCAAAUACUAGCAACGCCGGCGCUGCACCCUACCCCAACAAGUGGCUCGUUGGAUUCGAUCGAUUGGCCACCAUUGAGCCAGGGCAAUCAGUGAAUCUCGUUAUCCCCGUACCUAUUGGCGCAAUGGCACGUGUCGAUGAGAAUGGCAAUAAAAUUGUGUAUCCUGGUGACUAUCAAUUGGCUUUGAAUGUGGAGCGAUCGAUUGUGGUCGACGUGAGGUUGACUGGUGACGCGGUGACAAUUGAGCAUUGGCCCCGGGAGAAGCAGGAGAUUGAGAGUGAUUAA